AUGGAGAGAAAGGAUUUUUAUUUGUUGAUCGUUGUUGUUGCUUUGACUAGUGGAGUUAGUUCUAUGUCGAGACAGCAACUUAAAAAUUCCGGGAAAAUGUUAAAGAAACAAUGCAUGGGAAAAAAUGAUGUCACGGAAGAGGAAAUAGGAGAUAUAGAAAAGGGAAAAUUUAUAGAGCAAAAAAACGUUAUGUGUUAUAUAGCGUGUAUCUAUCAAAUGACUCAAAUUAUUAAAAAUAACAAAAUAAGUUAUGAAGCAUCAAUAAAACAGAUCGAUUUGAUGUAUCCUCCAGAACUAAAAGAAUCUGCUAAAGCAUCAGCCGGCAGAUGCAAAGACGUUUCGAAAAAGUACAAGGAUAUAUGUGAAGCAUCGUACUGGACUGCGAAAUGUAUGUAUGAAGACAACCCUAAAGAUUUUAUCUUUGCGUAAUUUUUAAAAGUUAAAAAAAAAUGUAAAAUAAAA